AUGUUAAGAGGUGUAAAAUUUAUUCAUUCGUCGGGAGUUAUACAUCGAGAUUUGAAACCGAGUAAUAUCGGUGUGGAUCCCGAUUUAAAUUUGUCUAUUCUUGAUUUUGGUCUUGCACGAGUAGUAACUCCUGUUGGUGGUAUUUUAACUGAUUAUGUAGCCACACGAUGGUGGAGUGAUGUUUGGUCGAUCGGAUGUAUAAUGGCUGAAUUAGUUAUGUUGAAACCAAUAUUUCCUGGGCGAGAUCAAAGUGACCAAUUGACAAAAAUUCUCGGGAUUGUUGGAACACCAACUGAAAAUAAAUUAGAUGAAAUUUGUGACACUCAUUCUGCGACAUUUGUUAAAAAAAAUAUUGGACAAAAAUCGAAACAAGAUUUUCAAGAAUAUUUUGGCAAUCGUGGCUUAUCGCGCGAAGGUAUAACAUUUCUUGAUUCGUUGCUUCAGUUUGAUCCACGUGAUCGACCGUCGGUUGACGAUGCUUUGAACAGUCCAUAUUUA